AUGAACGCGAUAUCUAAGUCAUCAGCAGACUACAGUCCAGACGCUCCAGAGAUACCUGAGCUGAUCAAGGCUAUCUUGACCGAGUACAGUGGCAUACCGGAAGACGAGAUUGUCCAGCAUGUUCAGGAAGUGCGAGACAAAGGAUGGAAGGUCUUCCAGUAUCCCUGCCUGGGCGUUUAUAGCUUCCUCAACCUGAGGAUUGUCGAUGCUCCGCAAUACCAGGAUGUCUUGCAGCAUGUCAAGAACGGUGCGACGAUUCUCGAUCUAGGAUGCUGUUUCGGCCAAAUGAUACGAAAGCUGGUCUUCGAUGGCGCUCCAGGCGAAAACGUGACUGGCAGCGAACUGGAGCCGACAUUUGUCGAUUUGGGCUAUGAGCUGUUCCGAGACAAGCAAAAUCUGAACGCAGCGUUCAAGACGGGCGAUUUCUUCGGCGCAGAUGUUGGUGGUCUGAAAGGCAUGUCGUUCGACUACAUUUUCGCAGCAUCGUUCUUCCACAUCUUCACAUGGGAGGAGCAGGUAGAGGCAAUGUCCCGCGCGGUUGGGUUGCUGAAGCAGAAGCCAGGUUCAAUGAUAUUUGGAUGGCAGACCGGGUCUAAGACCCCCAGACUGCGGCCACAUGACGCUGCCCGAUCUGGCGAGAUGUACAGUCAUAACGAACAAUCGCUCGAGAAGCUGGUAUCUGAAGUUGCUGAGAAAACGGGCGUGGAGCUAAGUACGAAAGUUGACGUUGUUGGCCGUGCAACGAGCGCAGAUUCUCAAGAUGACGACGAAUGGCGGUAUAUGAGAUUCUCCAUCACGAGGUGUUGA